AGUUGAGUUUCAGAACAAAAGGACAGAUGGUGAGAUGCUUUGCCUGACUUUGUAACUGUGAAUUUGCCUUUCUCUAGUUUCACCCAGUGAGCAGUUAAUAUGUGGUAGAGUGUAGCUUACAAUAUAACAGGAGUUAAUUUUACUAAAGAGGGUGAGGGGGAGGACAAAAAUCUGAGAAGACAACUGAGCAGGCCAGGUGAAAGCCAAGAAUGGGGACAAUCUCCAAUGACAUUCGAAGACUUUUAAUGGACUGUCAUUACUUUAUAAAUGAUGUCCUUGAGGAUGGAACACUGAGUACAGAAAUAGAACAGACUCGUAGAGUUCUGUUAAAUAACUUCGGUGUUGUGCAUAAACGACAUCCUCUGGAGUUAGAUUUUUUGAAUAAUGAAUCGCCGCAGGAAGACGUUUCCGAUGACAACCGCAGAUCCAGUCUUGGCCGCUCUGUUCCCUCCGACGAAGCUUCAAUUGCGUCUGAUUACCAGGAUGAUCGAGCCCAAGAGUAUUUUGAGGAUAUCUCCAUAGUGGCUGUCCAGGACCUUGCCCCCAUAAAGCACGAUUACUUGGAAAAGAGGCGGCGAGACCACAGCUUCUUUGGCUCUGAAUGGCAGAAGAGGUGGUGUGUCAUUCACAAAAAUAUAUUCUUCUAUUUUGGAACGGAGAAAGAUAAGCAGCAAAAGGGAGCCUUUUAUAUUAAUGGAUACAAGGCAGAAUUAGUGACAAAUCUCAGAAAGGACUCCAAGAAAAAUGCCUGUUUUGAGCUCACUGCUCAUGGGAAACGGUCUUUUCAGUUUGCAGCAAACAGUCCUCAAGAUGCCCGAGAUUGGGUGGAUGAAAUCAAUUUUAUAACUAAAGACCUUCAAUCUGAACAAAUUCCUUGUGACGAAGACGAGGAGGAGGGCCUUGAUGAGGAGGACUCAUAUGAUGAUAUUGAAGGAGUAAUGGGGGGUCCCGUCCCACCACCGCCUGGUGCCCUGCCGCUGCCUGGUGCCCUGCCGCUGCCUGGUGCCCUGCCACAUGCUACACAGGGAGGGCAAGAGGAGGACGAUGAGGGGGAAGAAAUCUACCAGGUGGUGCCAGAUGACAUGUUAGACCCUGCCGAGAAUGACUCAAUAGAUCGGUCUAAAGAUUAUGCUAACUAUUUCCAAUGCUUAUGGGACUGUGAAGCCAAUGAACCAGAUGAGCUGUCUUUCCAAAGAGGAGACAUCAUCUACAUUCUCAGCAAGGAGUACAACAUUCACGGCUGGUGGGUCGGAGAACGCAACGGCUUCGUGGGUAUUGUCCCCAAAGAGUUCCUGCACCCUGCCUACAUCCUGUGAACUCCAACAGGUUUAAUAAGAACUGACUUGUCCAGAAAGCGCUGGAGACCUUUCCUUCUUCUUUCAAGAAAAUCAUCAUUACUGAAGGAGAACAAGGACUUGCCAGGAAGAUCUGGGACUGGUCUGGAGUCAAGCAAAUAAGAGAAGAAAAUCAGAUUUACCUUUUUAAAUGUACAAUACAUCUAAUUUACAAAUAGGAUUUCCACGACGACAACUUCAAAUGCACUUACACUAAACCAGCAUUUUUCUGCAGCUUCUUCUUGAGCCAAACAAACUCACUGUAGCGCCGUCGCACACAUGAGGUCUUAGCUGUGAACGCCUUACUGUUUGUCUGCAAAUUAACACAAUUAUAUUUAUAAAAGAGUUUGAUUGAAUUGCAUUUUAUAGUGUAGUCGUUAAAUAGAUGUAAUUGAGUCAAAUGGUGGCAGGGGAAGCACAUGAUCACAUGACAGAUUUGUUCCGACACUCUUCACUGAUCUCAGCACAAGCCUCCUUUUGACAACUGUUAAUGGCAUUUGUCGCUAUAUUUGUAAGUUUUUUUUCUCAUAAAACAAGAUGAACAAAUACAAUUAAACCAUAAAAACAUCAUUCAAUUCUCAAAUGAAAUAGGGACUUGUGGCAUUGUUGAGACAGCCUGAGGCCUGGUGCUGACACAGUGCUGAAGCAAACAUUGUCUUGGGCAAUGUCUAUUCUUGGCACAAGAAAAUGUAAAGAAUCUAGCAUGCUUUGUCCUUAGUAUAUUUAAUUAGGUUUAGUUAUGCAUUCAAUGUUUGUCAUGCAUACUGGUCCUAGAACACUGAUGACCAAGAAAGUUUCGCAAAAAACAAACAAAAAAAGUGCAUAGGAGAGCAUAUUUGAACUUACAUGCAGAAAGAUUUUGUAAUCCACAUAUGAGUUCCAUGAGCCUUCAUUUUGAAUGCGGGGAUCUUGAACCCGCACUGCAACAAACUCCUACAUGAGAAAAUUUAUAUAUAUAGAUUUGGUAAGAGAUGAAUGUUUUUUUUCAUCUGAUGAUAGAAUAGAUUACAAUAAAGGAACACUUUUUCAAUUAGCCAACUUCCUCAUGCUAAAAUGUACUAUUUUUACACAAUGAAAUACUGUUGAUCUGGCACUAGCCCUUAAAAAAGCAAUAUUAUUGACUUACAUCCUCUUCUUGAUUACUGAUCAUACUGUUGGCUGUCAGGCUGCACAGACAUCUGGAGUCAAAGGAGAAAUGCAUUAGUCACAGUUCCUCAUGAGAACAAGGGACAAACUGCAAAGGAAAUCAUGAAUGAGUUUCCCUUUCAGAAAAAAAGAGAAGAAAAGACAAUAUUGUUUAUAAAUAUGCCUGGGGCUCUGGUUCAAUGAUUUUCCACUGUGUGGUCCUUGUAAAUGAAGAUGUAAAAUUUUUAAUAAACUUUGUCUCUUUGUGUA